UUUUUCCUCUUAUAGAAGCUAAUUUAGCUCCUUUGUAAUAUCGUUCGAUGUGGGACUAUAACAUAAAUCCCCACACCGCCUAUUACCACCCACUGCUUAAGACUUGAUAGACAACACUUAUUUCAUUAUACCACCUGCUCCAACCUCUUGGGAAUCAAAGUUAAACAUGAUCCAAUUUAUGGGUGCAAAUCAAGAUCGAUCAUUAGUGUUGUUGCCAUGAAGUUCUGGAAGAUCCUGAAGAGCCAGAUCGAGCAGACCCUGCCCGAGUGGCGUGACCAGUUCUUGUCCUACAAAGACUUAAAGAAACAGUUGAAGGUUAUGUGUCCCAAAGAUGCUCUAACUCCACCCUGUUUGGAUGCUGACGAGCUUAACCACUUCCUUGGCCUCUUGGAGCUUGAGAUAGAUAAGUUUAACGGUUUCUUUGUGGACAAGGAAGAAGAAUACAUCAUCAAAUGGAAGGAGUUGCAAGACAGGGUUGCUAGAGCCAUUGAUUCAAACGCGGAGUUGAUGUCACUAGGGAGGGAAAUAGUGGAUUUUCACGGGGAGAUGGUUUUGUUAGAGAACUAUACCGCACUCAACUACACAGGUCUAGUGAAGAUAAUAAAGAAAUAUGAUAAGCGAACCGGUGCACUGCUUCGCUUGCCUUUUAUCCAAGAGGUGCUGAACCAGCCCUUCUUCAAAAUUGAUGUGCUUAACAAGCUUGUAAAGGAGUGCGAGGUGAUACUGAGUAUUCUUUUCACCAACGACUGGUCUUCAAUUAGUGAGGAUUUUGAGGAAGACGAGUGUGGCUCCAUGUCUGGAAAUGAAAACAAAGAGACGCUGAUGCACGUUCCAAAAGAACUUGAUGAAAUUGAAAACAUGGAGAACACGUUCACCAAACUAACUUUAUCAGCACUGCGUAGCUUGGAAGAAAUUAGGGGUAGAAGCUCAACUGUUAGCAUUUUCUCAUUGCCUCCUUUGCAUAACUAGGCUUUGCGAUUGCAAGAGGAUUGAAAAAUAAAAUAACUGCACUAGCCAAUGCAACCAGAAUAACAUAGAUCUUCUCGUGUUUAUCUUCAAAUCUCGUGUACUUAAUGUUUAUUAGAAAAGAAAUAAACAUAGAAUUUAGACAUGAUUUGUCAUUUAUACAAGAGGAUCCAUUUCCCUGUCUCAAUGGUAGAUUUUCAUAUGAAUCAAAAGAAGGAUAUCAAUGCAUACUAAUCUAUAUUACCUUCA